AUAGACGCUUGCUCAUCGCCGGCAAAUCCCCUACAUAAUAGUGUCCACGACCAUCAGAGUUUGAGCAGUUUUUUUCCCCACUAUUCGGCGAGACUUCCUCGGACGUCACCAAGACACAAUGAAGCUCACUUCAGCCUCUAUCCAUAACGUUAUCCACCCGACAGCUGCCUUUUCACCGAGCGUUCCAAAGCCAUCAAGCCCUCCUUCCGCCGAGCCGGAAUCUCAGUCAUGGCUCCACUCCCAACUUAACCCCAAAAAUCGAAUCGACAGUCUUGAACCACCAGCAAACCCCCUCUGGAGAAUCGACGGGUGUACCGGCCAAGGAACACAGUUUUACGCAUUGCCUCUGUUCUUAGGGUACCAUGUCCCGCCCCUUCGAUUUGAUGUGUUCCUCCCUCAGGAAGCGGGAAACUGCCAACUGCUACGGGACCUGCUCGACCUGGAUGCCGCUUUCCAUACCAAAGAUGCCAUCCGGGUACAGAGGCUUGGAAUCUCGCGCCAUAUCCUGCGAACACUGCAAGCAUGGACCCAGUCAAGUCAGCAGGGUGACAACAAGCAUAGAUUUGCUGAGAUGUAUAUGAACUUGCCCUUUGGAUCCCGAAUCAUCUUCGAGAAUCUCGAGUUCGAUAUCCGUAACAUCAAAAUUACUAUUGCCCAAACGUUCCACCUCGAAGGACAGCUGCUUGGGCUUUCGAAGCUCGGGGCCCAACUUGGUCUGCCUCAGCAUAGCCUUCCGGAGCCGAUAGACAUCUUCAGGCUCCGCAUUGUGCGCCAACUGACCGAGAGCGUGUGCCUUGUUCGCAUGGGAGAUAAUGAUAAUGAUGAUGGGAAGGCCACGGCCACAGACGCCGCCAACGGAACAGGGGCGAAGGAGAAGCUCUGGAUCUUGAAGGCCUUGACCAGCGGCACCAAAUACCUUUACACCGAACUGCGUAAUUUGCUGCAGAUGCCACCCCAUCCGCACGCCAUCUCACGUCCGGUCCGUCUUGUGACCAAGCAGUGCCAGUUCGGAGGAAAGAACGCAGUUGUCGGGUUCAUGAUACCGUAUCAUCCUGCCGGGGGCCUCAGAGAUACCCUGCCGCUCCUCCGCAUCCACGGACAACUUGCGCUCAAGGACCAACUCAAGUGGGCUAUCCAGCUGGCUCAGGGUCUGUUGCACAUCAGUGAACAAGGCCAGAUGUACUAUCCCGAUCUCCGUCUCGACAACAUCCUCCUCUCCGAGGCCGGAGACAUCAUCAUGGUAGACUUCGAACAGCGUGGACUGUGGUGCGAGUUUGGCGCACCCGAGGUAAACGCCUUGGAGUACGUGCGCAUCCUGGCCAGCGACAGCUUACUCGAAGACAAUGAUCCGGAUCUCUCCAUACCCGAGGACGUCACAGAGAAAUACGCCGCUUUGCUCGCACGGGAGAUGCCAGACUGGGAAGCUCUAGAGACCUGCGAGAAUUACAGUCAACGGCCGGAAAGCUACACCAGCUUCAACAUCGCGUGGCUAUGCCUUUCCAAAACUGAACAGGAGGCGGCCGUGGUGUACAUGCUGGGCCGAGUCCUCUGGUGCAUCUUCGAAGGCCAGAGUGGGCCAGACAAGGCUGCUUUCUGGCAGUCCUAUGCUCGCGAGCCGGACUUGCAGUUUCCUGAGAUGAGAUAUACCCCUUCUGAGCUGAGAAGCUUGAUAGAUGAGUGUACGAAGGGUCGCAGGGAGGUUUUGUCGAGUCUGGUCACGCGGCGUGGCAGUAAAGUGGUCUUGUUGCGCGAGAAAGACACUCAAGGGUCUGCCACUGAUAAUGAGGAGGAAGCAGAAAGCCAGGUUCUUCAAGUGGCAAAAGACUGGUGGACCGCAGAGGUCAAAGCUGCGGAAGACUUUCUGCAGAUGCGACAUGAGAUGAAGGAGCGUGGUAAGUGGGACGAGAACUACUUUGGUCGACCGAGUCUCAGGGAGGUCAUCAACCGUCUUGAAGAUUUUCAGAGACGAAGUGUCUGCCAUGAGUAGGUAUGUAGUUUGGUCGACGAAUCGCAAGGUUUCACAUCCGCCUUCGGAUCUUUUCAAGAUUUUCUUUCUGGCGUGGAUUUUCCAUCCUGUCUAUGCUGC